GAAAGGGAAAAGAAGAUAAUAUGGUAAUUUAGAAAGAGAGGAAAAAGAUAAUGGUAAUUUAUGGCCCAAGUUCAUCGCUGUACUGUGGAUGGUGGAGGCCUUUCCUUCAGGUUGAGGCAGAGGGCAAUUGGCACAGUAAUAAUAGGUGCAGCAGCAAUUGUUCCAACAAGAACAAUAUGCGUAGUAGGAAAAGAAGCAUCGCUUGCAAAUUGGACCUCAGUAGAGCAUGCCGCAGCUACAGUCUGGCUCUAGCACUUACUACCUUUCUCUCAGUUACUGCGGUAAUAGCUUCUGUGGCAACAGCAGAUGCAACUCCUGAACCGGAGACUCUAUCUAACAUACCCCAAACAUUGUCCGGUGAGUGCCCGUUGCCCAAAGACUGCAAGAAACCUAAAAUACAGAAACCCAAGUCAAGGAAAGCCGAAACCUGCACAAUCAAGUGUGUCACUACUUGCAUCCGAGGCGGUCAAGGCUCUCCUGGCGAAGGCCCCCUUAAUGUCAUAAGACCUCUCGUUGUUUUCAAGCAAGGGUUCCGUACUCGUCAAUACUGCAGUUGGGAUCCAUCCAUAAACCCAAAACCGCCUUGUUAUGGUGACAUUCCCAAUUGGGUGGGCUUGGUUUGUAAGAAUGAUAGGGUUUGGGGCUUGCGUCUCGAGAGAAUGGGACUAGGCGGCAUCCUCAACAUGGAAUUUCUCAGUUCAAUGCCGGCUCUGCGGACGCUUAGCCUGAUGAACAAUACCUUUGUGGGUCCCUUGCCCAACGUCAAGAUGUUGACAAAUUUGAGGUCCCUUUACUUGUCCUAUAAUCAUUUCUCAGGACAAAUACCUGACAAUGUUUUUGCGGGUUUGCAUAAACUGAGGAAAGUGUAUUUGGCCAAUAACGAGUUCACAGGUAAAAUUCCUUCCUCCCUUGCUACUUUGCCUAGUCUCCUCAUCCUCAGGCUCGACUCAAACAAGUUUGAAGGCCAAAUCCCCCAGUUUCAACACAAUAAUUUGACGAUUAUUAACCUCUCCAACAAUGACUUGGAGGGUCCCAUCCCGAUCAAUCUACGCAACUUUGACGCCGCCUCCUUUAGUGGCAACCAGGGUCUUUGUGGGCCACCUCUGACGAAUAAGUGCCAAGAGGCAAGCGCGGAGACUACUGGGAAAAUGCGCGUUCUGAAAAUAUUACUUGCUGUGAUCGUGAUAGCAUUGAUAGUAGCCAUCCUGAUUGCAGCGUUAGUGAUAUGUCGCUUGAGGUCACAGUCACAUAAGCACCCUGCAACUGAUGAGGCCUCAAUGUUCCAGGGGCAGGCCUCCAACAAAUACGUUCCUCCCGUUUAUGUAAAAACCAAAAGCCUAGCGGAUCACUAUGAUGCUAGUCCUAAGAAGGUGUCGGGUAACAUACAUGGACAUGGACAUGGACAUUCUAAGAGGGGGGAACAAGGCAGCAAACUGACAUUCCUCCGGCAUGACGGACUUAAGUUUGAUUUGCAAGAUUUGCUGAAGGCCUCCGCAGAAAUUUUAGGCAGUGCCUCAUUUGGGUCUUCCUACAAGGCUGUGGUUUUGGAUGGUCAAGCCGUGGUUGUCAAGAGGUACAAGCAAAUGAACAACGUGCCAAGAGAGGAGUUCCAUGAGCAUAUGAGAAGACUAGGCAACCUCAACCAUCCCAAUCUUCUCCCUCUCCUCGCCUAUUAUUAUAGAAAAGAAGAGAAGCUCUUACUUUCAGCCUUUGUUCAUAAUGGUUGCUUAGCCAGCCAUCUUCACGGUAACCAUAACUAUCAAAAGCCAGGGCUUGAUUGGCCAACUCGCUUGAAAAUUGUCAAAGGUGUAGCCAAGGGUUUGGCUUACCUAUACAACGCACUCCCAAGUUUGACUGUGCCUCAUGGUCAUCUCAAAUCUUCCAAUGUGCUUUUGGAUGAAUCUUUUGAGCCCCUACUCACUGAUUAUGCCCUCAGUCCUGUGAUCAACCUUGACCAUGCCCAACAAAUCAUCAUGCCUUACAAAUCUCCGGAGUAUGCUCAACUUGGCCGCAUUACAAAGAAGACUGAUGUGUGGAGUUUCGGGAUUCUUAUAUUGGAGAUCUUGACUGGAAAAUUCCCCGAGAACUAUCUUACACACAGGCAUAAUAGUGAUUCUGACAUAGCCAAUUGGGUAAAUACCAUGAUUACUGAGAAGCGCACUAGUGAUGUGUUUGAUAUAGAGAUGGGAGGAAUUGGAAAUAGUAAAGCUGAAUUGCUCAAACUCCUAAAGAUUGGCUUGAGUUGUUGUGAGGAGAAUGUGGAAAGAAGGUUGGAUAUCAAGGAAGCUCUUGAGCAGAUUGAAGACUUGAAGGAGGGUGAAAAUGAUCAUGGAGAAUACUCUUCCACCCUCAUCACCACCGAAAGGGAUGCUUACAGAGCUGUAUGAAUUGUCGCUCACAUUUUUUCUUCAUCAUAGCUGUUUCACUGGGACUUUAUUUGGAAGCUAUCAAAUUGUACGCGUGGAAGCUGGCUUUCCCCAUGAAGAUGAAUAUAUGCUAUUAAUUAAACUUGAAUUCUUUUAAUUUAGUUUUUGUGUCUAUUUGUUUUCUUGUUAAUCACAUAUCAUAGGUAUUUACAG